AUGCUCCUCAGGCUUGCGCGUGUCAGGCCGCUGUGCCGAAGACACGCUGUGCGGACCCUUGGCGGCGUCCUUGCCCGUCCGCGUAUCAGAGCGCCGCUGCGCCGUCUCCACACGUCCGCGCCCGUUCGCAGCUCGUCCGAAAUCAGGCUCGACGAGAUGGACCCAGAGCUCCAGGAAAUGCUCACCGAAGAACGGGCCGUCGACACCGUGGACGUGUGCAUAGUCGGCUGCGGCCCGGCAGGACUGGCCACGGCCAUCAGACUCAAACAGCUCGACCAGGACGGCGACCUGCGCGUGGUGGUGCUCGAAAAGGCCCCCGACGUCGGGUCGCACAUCUUGUCCGGGGCGAUCCUGGAACCCCGGGCGUUGCGCGAGCUGUUUCCGGAGAGCGAGUACUACGACGCAGACGGCGCAGGGAUCCCGCUGCCGCCGGAUCUGGUGAGUUUGGUGACACAAGACCACAUGAAGCUGCUGUUCAAGAACGGGCCCGCCGUGCCGCUGCCCGAGCCGCCGCAGAUGGUCAACAAGAACAGAAACUACAUUGCGUCGCUGUCGGAGGUGGUCAAGUACCUCGCGGAGCAGGCCGAGGCCGUCGGCGUCGAGAUAUAUCCCAACACAGCCGUGAGCGAGCUGGUGUACGAUAGCAAAGGUCACGUGAAAGGCGUGGCCACCAAGGACAUGGGCGUGUCGAAGAACGGCACGCCGUCGGACGCGUUUGAGCGCGGCAUGGAGUUCCACGCGCGCAUGACGGUGCUGGCCGAAGGGUGCCACGGCUCGCUGUCGAAACAGGCCAUCAAGAAGUUCGGGUUGCGCGCCGGUUGCAGCCCGCAGACGUACGGCCUGGGCAUCAAGGAGGUGUGGGAGGUGAAGCCGGAGAACUUCAAGAAGGGCUACGUCGCGCACACGCUGGGGUACCCGCUGGACAAGGACACCUACGGCGGCGGGUUCCAGUACCAUUUUGGCGACGGCCUGGUGACCGUGGGGCUGGUUGUGGGUCUGGACUAUAAAAACCCGUGGAUCUCGCCGUACCAGGAGUUCCAGAAGAUGAAGCACCAUCCGUUCUAUAGAAAGGUGCUGGAGGGCGGUAAGUGCAUCUCGUACGGCGCGCGUGCGCUGAACGAGGGCGGCUACCAGUCUGUGCCGAAGCUGCACUUCCCCGGCGGCGUUCUGGUGGGCGCGAGCGCCGGGUUCAUGAACGUGCCGAAAAUCAAAGGCUCGCACACGGCAAUGAAGUCGGGCAUGCUGGCGGCAGAAAGCAUGUACGACGCGGUUGUGGCGCUGAAACGGCGGCAGGGCGACGUGGAGGAAGGCGAGGUGCUGCCCGAGUGGGACGCGCUGGAUCUGGAGCAGUACCAGGCCGCGUACGACCGGUCGUGGGUGCGCGAGGAGCUGUACGAGGUGCGCAACAUCCGGCCUUCUUUCAGCUCGAAACUCGGUAUGUGGGGGGGCAUGUGCAUGUCGGGGCUGAUUGCGAUGAUCACGCGAGGCCGGGAGCCGUUCACGCUGACGCACAAGCACACGGACGCCGAGCUCGUGGAGGACGCGGGCAAGCACGCCAAGAUCGAGUAUCCAAAGCCCGACGGCGAGAUCUCGUUCGACAUCCUCACGUCGGUCUCGCGCACGGGCACGUACCACCAGGAGAACGAGCAGUGCCAUCUGCGCGUGCCCGAGCAGGACAUGGCGAAACACACGGCCAAGGCGUACCCGAAAUACCAGGGCAUCGAGCAGAGAUUUUGCCCGGCCGGCGUGUACGAGUACUUGCCCGACGAAAAGUCGCCCGAAGGUGUCGUUUUCCAGAUCAACUCGCAGAACUGCAUCCAUUGCAAGACCUGCGACAUCAAGGUCCCCACGCAGGACAUCGACUGGACCGUGCCAGAAGGCGGCGACGGACCCAAGUACCAGAUGACCUAG